AGGGCUCUCAAGAAAGGGGGGUGGUAGGGUUUUGGAGGGGAGAGAGGCUUGGGAGAGAGGGGUGGUGUAUUUCCACUCUCUCACGGAUCGGCAAGGCCGCCGCAUCUUCGCGAUCAUGACAACUGACAGCAGCCUCAACGUGUCACGAAGAUGGUCAAUCAGUGGCGCGGCUGGGCUCGUUGACGAUGAGCAUGAGCACAUGAACGUGCGCAUGAGACGCGGACUGCCCAGAUGAGAUCGACAUCGCUUGCGUUAAUUGCUGUCGGUGACAUCGGGAUGAGAUCGACAUCGCUUGCGACUUGUGUUUAAUUGCUGCCGGUGACGUCGGGUUCCCUGAUGAGCUGUUGACGCCUUGCAACUCGCUCCCAAGGAAGACCUCCUGCUUCGCUGAGUGUAUAUUAUGCCUUCCACAGGGGUCUGCAAUGAUGAGAAGUCGUUUGAAUUUUUUCCCUCCUGAAUGCAGUUUGUGGCGUGGCCCUUGAUGUGCGCUUCUCCCUCCUGUCGCUCCUUGUUUCUCUGAUUCGUUGUUCCGCAGCACAGCGUCGGGACAGCAUACAACAAGAACAUGUUGUCUGGGUCCAUUACGUGAUCGGGGUGGUCCAUGUGCGCAUCGGAAGGUCUUAGUGGGGCGCCCCAGAUCUCAGAGGAGUAGGGAAAGAGGGGAGAGGGGGGGGGGCGGCAGUCGCAAGAGCGGGCUGUUUGCCUAUGGUGGGCUCCCAAUGUCACUUGCUCCAGGUCUUGGUGGUGAAGGAGAGGGGCUGCGCGUAGCCCCUCUCUUCUUCAAGUAUGGUUUUUCAAUCGAUUCGUCCAGAAGGACGUGCCUGUGCCUGCCCCAGAGAAAAGUGGGAUGCAUGCCUUUGGUAGGAGCUCGCGCUCCCUAGGUGCGGGCACUCGACCUCCAGCUGUCGGUCAGGAAUGCAGUUCGGUCAAAGGUGGCGUAUAACGCUAGGCAAAUGGUGCGCUGCGUCAUGCACUCCAACUACUAGGUUUAUCCUUCUUCCAUCUUCUUCUUCUUCUAUUCAACAGCUAAGGUCCCUAGGGAGACAGAGGGAGACUGAGGAGGUAAAGUAGGUUUCCGUUUGAAGUGCCGUUCCUCUUUUCCGUAGUGGAAGAAUAGGUCGUGGCCUCGGGAGAGUGAGAGGGAGAGGGAGAGGGAGAGGGAGACUGAGAAGGAGAGGGAGAGGGAGACUGAGAGGGAGAGAGAAUGUCGGACCUAGAUAGGCAGAUUGAGCAGCUGCGGCGAUGCGAACCGCUUAAGGAGUCGGAGGUUAAGGCCCUUUGCAUGAAGGCAAUGGAGAUCCUUGUCGAGGAGAGCAAUGUGCAAAGAGUGGACGCGCCCGUCACUAUCUGUGGCGACAUCCACGGUCAGUUCUAUGACAUGAAAGAACUCUUUAAAGUCGGCGGCAAUUGUCCGCAAACCAAUUACCUCUUCAUGGGCGAUUUUGUCGACAGAGGCUUCUAUUCCGUCGAGACGUUCUUGCUAUUGCUGGCGUUGAAGGUGCGAUACCCUGACCGCAUCACGCUCAUCAGGGGUAAUCAUGAGAGUAGGCAGAUCACUCAAGUGUAUGGAUUUUACGACGAGUGUGUGCGGAAAUACGGGUCGGUGAAUGUGUGGAGGUACUGCACAGACAUCUUCGAUUACUUAAGUCUGUCGGCGCUUAUAGAUCAGCGAAUCUUCUGUGUUCAUGGCGGUCUUUCUCCACACAUAAAGACGCUGGAUCAGAUCCGAGUGAUCGAUAGGAAACAAGAGGUACCACACGAUGGGCCAAUGUGUGACCUGCUAUGGUCAGACCCAGAGGAUAUUGACGACUGGGCAAUAAGCCCAAGAGGGGCAGGGUAUCUGUUUGGAGGGGAGGUGGUGUCAAAAUUCAAUAGGGACAACAAGAUUGAGCUGAUAUGUAGGGCGCAUCAACUUGUCAUGGAGGGGUAUAAAUGGAUGUUCAAUAGCCAGUUGGUCACAGUCUGGUCUGCGCCCAAUUACUGCUACAGGUGUGGGAACGUUGCAGCCAUCCUUGAGCUGGAUGAGCAUUUGAACAAGAAGUUCGCGGUGUUUGAGGCUGCCCCCCAGGAAGAGCGUGGGCUGCCAUCGAAGAAACCAGCACCAGACUAUUUCCUUUGACGAAGGAACGUGACAAAAUCUUCUGGAAGGAGGCAGGGAAAGAAGGAUGGAGGGACAGAAGCCGGAAGAAAGG